AAGUCUCAGAACUUAAACAUCAUGUAGUGGGAAGAAGCAAUCAAAUGUGUGUAAACAUUCUUACAAAUCAASCUGAUACUGAAAASGUAUUUCUGUCCAACAGAACGGUUMRUGAUUGGUCUGCAUCAAAUGAUGAAGCUGUAGCCUCUUUACUGCAGACAUUAAGGGAACURAAAUCAGAUUUAAUGUCUCCUCCUACAUUUCAGAUCAGAUCUGUCGGUGAUGCUGACUCUGUUCAAGAGCUGGAAAGAGAGGCUUGGCAGCGGGAGAGGAACACCCUGCAGAAUGCGCUGAAACAGGCGGAAUCCCAGCUGGCUAAAGCCAAUGCUGAAAUUGAAAACAAACCAGUAGCAGAAACCUCCAAUCCUAAGUUGCAAAGAUUAUAUCGGAAGUACAUUCGAGCAGAGAGCUUYAGAAAGGCUCUAGUUUAUCAGAAGAAAUACCUCUUGUUGCUGCUUGGUGGGUUUCAGGACUGUGAGCAAGCAACUCUGUCUCUCAUCGCCCGCAUGGGGAUCUAUCCUGCUCCUGCAGACCUGCAGCUCUCUGGAGCACACUCCCGGCCUUUCACCAAGUUCAGGUGUGCAGUCAGAGCCAUCAUCGCCAUCUCAAGGUUAAAGUUUUUGGUGAAGAAGUGGAACAAAGUUGGCAGAAAGAGCGCACAGGGUGAAAGCAUUUCUCACGGUAUUGGAGCUUCUGGUGCUAGAACAGAAGUUCUGAAAGAGCAGCAGCCCCCAGCUGUGCCCAUCAGUUCUCCCCCCACCCGGGACAGGGACACGGGGCUGUGCCACAGARCCAGCUGUGCUGCAAGGUUCAUGAGCCUCUCCCCACGAUCCUCCUCCCGCUCACACAACAGAUUGCAUCCGUCCCCAAGUUCAGCUCCAGAAAAGUCCGUUGUGCCACUUCAGGAUCCUGAACAGUCACUCACAGAAUAUAUCCAUCGCCUGGAGGUGAUCCAGCAAAGGCUGGGAGGGGUGCAGCCAGGGCAGGUGCCAGGUUCACCUCGUCAGAGAAACAUGAAAAAGUGAUGGGAAUGCCUACAAAAUCUGUCCUGCAAGUUCCUGCUUCCUUCUGAGUUGGUCCACACUCAACAGAGGCACUUGCAAUCUCCCGUGCAGCUGAAAAAAGGGCAGUGCUUUUACAGCAGAUUUUUAUAUGACUCUUUUUAUUAUAUUUUAGUACUUUAAGAGGGACUUUUCACUAAGAGCAAUGUUUUACAUUCUCAUGUGACAUUAAYAGCUCAAGUGUGACUGCAUCGCUGUAUUGUAAGCUGCAAAGUCUCUGUGGUGUUUAUUUUUCUAUAGUGUAUAGGUGGAUUCCUUGUAAAAAAAAUUAUUAAAAUGGCAUUUUAUU